GAGGGGAGGGCGUGAGAAGGAACGCCGGUGAGAGCAGGUGGAAAGAAGGGCAAGACAAACAGAGAGAGAGAGAUAGAGGCGCUGGGGAAGGGAGCCAGUGGAGAGGGAGCCGCCGCCGCGCAAUGUCCCGGGACCAGCCGCUAGCCGACCCUCACGGCCGGUCACUCGCCGACCAGCCUGCGGACGAAGCAGAGGGACUCCGCGGGAUAUGCGGCUCUCUGGCGGGUAGUCAGCCGGCUCACCUGCUCCAUCACGGGGCGCGGCGGGCUGCGUUGGAGUCGAGCAGGGAACCAGAGAGCGACCGCACCUUAGCCCGAACAGCCCAGUUCAACAGGUCUAGCGCGGAUCAUCCCACGGUGACACACGAGGUGAUUUACAAAUACCUGCAACGGCAGCUGGACCAGACCGUGUUGAUUCUUCACGCCAAAGUUGCCCAGAAGUCGUAUGGGAAUGAAAAGAGAUUUUUCUGCCCCCCGCCAUCUGUCUACCUGACUGGCCCAGGAUGGAGACUAAAACACGAGCGGCUGAAAUCCUGGGGUCUCAGUGAAUCGAACUGCAGACUCUCUGGUUACAUGGGCCUGGAUAAUGUGGCGACUACUCAAGGAGAUGCAUUGAAGGUCAGCUUUGAAGAACUGCCUGACACACAGAAGUUCGGCUGCGCCAAAGCAUUGUACGUCUCCGACGCUGAAAAACGCAAACACUUUCGCAUCGUCUUGCGUCUCUUCCUCGGCAACGGGCAAGAAGUCGGUACCUUCUACAGCAAACUCAUCAAGAUCAUUUCAAAACCUUCCCAGAAAAAGCAGUCCAUUAAGAAUGCCGAGUUGUGUAUUUCUUCAGACUCCAAGGUGGCCUUGUUUAAUCGGCUGCGAUCUCAGACAGUCAGUACACGGUACCUCUGCGUGGAUGGAGGGCAGUUUGUCGCCAGUGCCCGGCAAUGGGGAGCUUUCACACUGCACCUGGACAAUGACUCCAGCCGUAAGGGUGAAUUUUAUCCACGCGAUGGGUAUAUCCGAUAUGGAUCAGCCGUCAAAUUAAUCUGCACCUCUUCAGGAGUCUCCCUGCCCAGCAUGAUCAUUCGGAAGGUGUGCAAGCAGUACGCGGUGUUGGAUGUAGACGAGCCUGUUUCUCAACUCCACAAGUGCGCCUUCCACAUCAAGGACACCAACGGCAUGUACCUGUGUCUCUCCAACGAGAAGAUCAUACAGUUCCAGGCCAUGCCUUGCAGCAAGGAAGCCAACAAGGAGGUGCUGAGUGAUGGUGCCUGCUGGACCAUUAUUGGGACCGAGGUGGUAGAGUACACGUUCACCGAGAGUCUGGCUCAGCUUCACUCUCCCGUCACCCCGGUUCCUGUCAUCUGCAGCCUUGAGCUGAACGGAGGAGGUGACGUAGCCACGUUAGAAGUGCAAGGAGAAAGCUUCACUCCCAACCUGAAGGUGUGGUUCGGCGACGUGGAGGCAGAAACGAUGUACAGAGACCCCAAGUCGCUGCUGUGCGUGGUGCCUGAUAUCAGCUCGUACAGCAGAGAGUGGCGCUGGUUUCGCCAGCCCGUCACCGCCCCCCUGUUUCUGAUGAGGAGCGACGGCAUCAUCUUCUCCAGCACCUUCUCCUUCACCUACACCCCCGAGCAGAGUUGCUUCACCAUCCCGAGGGUGGUCCAGGAGGAUCCAGACAACUUCUUGGACACCAUCCACCAGGAGUUCACUCGCACUAACUACCAUCUCUUCAUGCAGAGCUGACGGGGUGGGGAAGCACCGUGCUCUGCCCCUGUGCGAUGUCUCUAGGACUUGCCAUCACCCUGAGGUCAAUGCUCAGUCCACCAACUCCCAACCUUUACUCCCCCUUAUUUACGGAAUCCGUUCCCCGUGCAUGCAAUCAUCUAACAUUAAUGGUGAACACAAAAAGAUGGAGUAAUUCAACGGGUCAGUCAGCAUCUCCAGAGAAAAGAAAUAGGUAACAUUUCGGGUCGAGACUCUUCUUCAGAUGUCUCGACCCGAAACGUCACCUAUUCCUUUUCUCCAGAGAUGCUGCCUGACCCGUUGAAUUGUUCCAUCUUUUUGCACGUGUCUUCGGUUUAAACCAGCAUCUGCAGUUCCUUCCUAAACAUUAAUGGUAAAUCGUACCUGGAGAAAAAUAAAGAAUAAUCGUUUCAGUGCCAUCCUUUUUUAUGGUGGAAUGUGUGUAAUGACUGACAUUUAUACGCAGAAACAAUGAACGACAGGUUAGUUUAGUUUAGGGAUAUAGAGCGGAAACAGGCCCUUCGGUCCACUGAGUCUGCGCCAACCAGCGAUGACCCCGUACACUAGCACUAUCCUACACACUAGCGGCAAUUUCCAAUUUUUACCAAAGCCAAUUAACUUUUACAAUGUACGUCUUUGGAGUGUGGGAGGACACGGGAGCACCCACGGAUAACAUGUGCGGUCCGUACGGGGUGUACGUACAAACUCCAUACAGACACCCACCCAGUUCGUAGUCAGGAUUGAACCCAAGUCUCUGGGGCUGUAAGGCAGCAAUUCUACUACUGUACCACCGUGAUGCCCUUACAGGUGCUGGUAACUUUUUUACUGAAAGGGCGGUAGGUGUAUGGAACGAGCUGACAGAGGAGGUAGUUGAGGCAGGUACUAUCGCAACAUUUAAGAAACAUUUAGACAGGCAAAUGGAUAGGACAUGUUUAGAGGGAUAUUGGCCAAAUGCAGGCAUGUAGGACUAUACUUGGGGUAUGUUGGUUGGUGUGGGCAAGAUGAGCCAAGGGCCUGUUUCCACGCUGUAUGACUCUUUGACUCCAAAACACAAAAGGACACAGAAUGCUGGAGUAACUCAGCAGGUCAGGCAGAAUCUCUUGAGACAGCACCCAAAGUAAGGAACUUUUCCUCGCAGUAUAUGUAAAUUAGCGAUACUAGACUGUACUUGGAAGUGUGGAAAAGGAUAGAAUAAAUUUGGACAGAUAUAUGGACAGGAAUCUCCUAAUUCAGAUCAUCAGUGAAUGCAGAUUUAUUUCAGAAAGCUGUAUUGCUGGCUUUCACCGUCUCUAUGGAUGUAGUGACACUUAAAUGAUAUUACUGUUCACAAGGAGAUAUGCGGGGCAGGUUUCUUACACUGAGGAUGGUGGGUGCCUGGAACCCACUGCCAGGGGUGGUGGUGGAGGGCGAUAAAAUAGUGGCGCUUAAGAGGUUUUUAGAUAGGCACAUGAAUAUGCAGAGCAAUGGAGCAAUAUGGAUCACGUGCAGAGGAUAUUGUGGGGCCAAAGGUCCUGUUCCUGCAUGUUCUGUUCUAUCAGACAUAGGAGUAGAAUUAGGCCAUUCAGCCCAUCAAAUCUCCACUGCCAUUCAAUCAUGGCAGACCUCCACCCCCAUUCUUCUGUCUUCUCCCCGUAAUCUUUGACCUCUUUACUAAUCAAGAAUCUAUCAAUCCCUGCUUUAAAAAUACCCAAUGGCUUUGCCUCCACUGUCGUCUGUGGCAAUGAAUUUCACAGAAUCGUCCUCCUCUGGGUAAAGAAAUCCUUCUGCAUCUCCAUUCGGAAGGUACGUCCUUUUAUUCUGAGGCUGUGCUCUCUGAUCCUAAUCUCUCCAAUUAUUCGAAAUGUAUUUUUCACAGGAAACCCCAUCUCAGUCCAGCAAGGAGCAAACCGCAGUUUAGUGUAGGGUGUGGAAACAGGCCCUUCAGCCCAUCGAGCCUGUGCUGACCAGUGAUCACACCGUACACUAACACUAUCCUACACACUAGGGAUAAUUUACAAUUGUUCCCAAAGACAAUUAACCUCCAAAUCUAUGUCUUUGGAGUGUGGGAGGAAUCCAGAGCACCCGGAGAAAUCCCACGAUGUCACAGGGAGAAAGUACAAACUUCGUACAGACAGACAGCACCAGGAUCGAACCCAGGUCUCUGGCGCGGUAUGGCAGUAACUCUAUUGCAGUGCCACCGUGCCGCCUAAAUGCUACGGCUCAUUGCUCUACGAUGUCUCAGAGUUUUCCUGAAAGCCUACCGCAGGCACGAUUCCCUUUGGAAUGGUGGCACUUGACAUCAAUUAUCGCCCUUUGGGUCAAUAAUAGACUCGCAGGCACCCACCAUUGAGUGCGGAGGAUCUCAGCAACAUCUCUCACUUCAUUCGGGCAAAGCAUCCGCAAUGUUAUUUUAUUUGGUUGGGAAAUGUUCAAAUUAAAUAUUUUGUCCAAAUUCUUCAAUACUGGUUUUUCCCUGAUGGCAUCUAAACCUGCAUUUCUUCACACUGCCUGUGACCAUGUGUCAACACAUCAUCCCACCAGGGAGGCACAGUCCUGCAGCGGGUAGAGCCGCUGCCUCACAGCACUGGAGACCCAGGCUCAAUCGUGACCUCGGGUGCUGUCUGUGAGUGUGGAGUUUGCAUGUUGUCCCUGUGACUGCGUGGGUUUCAUGAUCAGCCAUGAUCAUAUUGAAUGGCGGUGCAGGCUCGAAGGGCCGAAUGGCCUACUCCUGCACCUAUUUUCUAUGUUUCUAUGUUUCCUCCGAGAAGACUUGCGAGUUUGUAGGUUAUAUGGCUUCUGUAAAUUGUCCCUGGUGUGUAGGGCAGGACUAGUGUAUGGGAUGAUUGUUGGUUGGCAUUGACUCAGUGGGCCGAAAGACCCAUGGUGGGUCGAAGGGCCUGAUCCCAUGCUGUAUUUCUACAACUAAGCAGUACAGCACAGGUACAGGCCCCUUCGGACCACUAUGUCUCUGCCGAACAUGAUAUUCUCAACUCUUUAAGAGGGAUUUUGGUGGAAUUAUUCUCAGGUAGUUGUAAAAGAUUCCAUAUAACAGGACAAAACUGUCAGUUCCAUCAAACAGUUACCACUCGAUGUAUGGAUUCAGAAGUUCACAAGUUAUAGGAACAGAAUUUAGUUAUUCGGCUCAUCAAGUCUACUCCGCCAUUCAAUCAUGGCUGAUCUAUCUUUCCCUCUCAUCCCUCUCAGCCAUGAUCAUAUUGAAUGGCGGUGCAGGCUCGAAGGGCCGAAUGGCCUACUCCUGCACCUAGUUUCCAUUUUUCUAUGUCUAUGUUAACCCCAUUCUGCUGCCUUCUCUCUUUAAACCC